AUGAGGGCGACCAGCGCGAGGGGCGUCUUCGAGCAAGAACUUUUGAAAGUCACCUCCGUAUUAAAGCCCAAUUUCCUUUUUGGGCAUCUUGGGCACAUCACGGCAGAGAUUAGGAAGCUUGGAAGUACCGUGCACCCGGAUUACGCGUUAGAGAACAUAUGGAAAGCCCAUGGUCACCCCGAAUUCAUCUUCUUUGACACAAGGCCUCUCCAGUUUCCACUGCUGGUGGUCACCUCGCAUGAAAUUGCGGAGCAAGUCUCCCGAGCAAGUAAAACGCAGCCGUACAGCGUCGACAAAUCUCCUACCGUCCAGGAUGGGGUUGGCGGCUUGAUCGGGAAAUACUCUUUGCUCAGCGAAAACGGCGAGGUUUGGAGGGGGCUCCGCAAAACGUUCAACGCUGGAUUUGCGCCCCAGCAUUUGCACUCGCUACUUCCUGUCAUCGUCGACAAGACGUGCAAAUUCAUGGACAAGCUUGACGACCUGGCCAAGUCUGGCCUUGCAAUCGAGAUGGAGCCUUGCUGCACCAACGUGACUUUCGAUAUAAUGAGCCAAGUAAUUACCAACAUCGACUGCAAAGCACAAGCGGCAAAUGACGAAGCCCAUGCCAUCGUCCGCCAUUUCCGCACGCUCAAGGCUCUAUACAAUCAAGAGAGUGGUCUCACGGCCAAGUGGCUGAACCUGCCAAAGACCCUCGAGAAGUACAUUUGUACUAAACGACUAGAUGAUGCCAUCAAAAAGUGUGUUCUGGACAAGUAUGCAGAGGUCAAAGCCAACGAUAGCUUGGAACACAAGGCAACAAAGGAUUUAUCUGUUCUUGCGCUAGCACUUCGCGAUGUUGAAGAAAUGACGCCACACAUUUUGCAGUCCACAGCAGACCAGGUCAAGACCUUCUUGUUUGCUGGACACGAUACGACUUCCAUUCUACUACAGAGGUUGUUCUAUGCCCUCUCGAUACAUCCACAUUGUCUUGCAAAGAUACGUGCAGAGCAUGACGCCAUCUUCGGUGACGCCGAUCCACGCCAAGUGUUCCUUGCUCAGGCUGAUGAGACCAUGCAAGCACUCAAGUACACGUCUGCAUGUAUCAAGGAGGGACUGCGCCUUUGGCCUCCAGCAGGAUCAGCCCGUAUGUCACAUAAUGGCUUCAAGAUUCGCACAUCAGAAGGAGACGAUGUGUGCGUAGAUGGAACCAUCAUCUACAACUGCCAUUGGGUUAUUCAUCGGGACCCAAACGUGUAUGGGGAAACAGCAGAAGACUUUAUUCCAGAGCGAUGGUUUGGUAACGUCGAUACAGGCAGCGCCAUGGCAAACGAUGACGGCGUGUCAGUUGGAGACAGCAAGUUACCAAGCGGCGCAUGGAGACCAUUUGAACGAGGCCCACGCAACUGCAUCGGCCAGGAGCUUGCCAACAUCGAAGCGAGGAUAAUUCUUGCAUGCGUCAUACGACGUUAUGACUUUAUUAAAGUUGGGCUGGGCGAGGUUGAGACGGAUAGUGAGGGGAAACCUAUUGUAGAUAAAAAGGGAAAGUACAAGACGAAAUCGGAGUUGCUCAACAUAAUAUCUGUUACUGCUAAGCCCAUGGACCACACUGUAAUGCGUGUCAAGAUGCGUUGA